AUUGAAGCCUUAGACAAACCAGUGGAACUCUUGGAAUCUCAUACAAGAGAUUCAGAACCUGAAGUGGAAAAAAAGCCAGAAGAAGGGAGCGUGGAUAAAGAUAUUAUCGCUGAUUUGGGGACCAAAGCGGACGAGUCCUUGAAGGGAGAAGUUCUUAUUGUGGGACCUAAAAUGGCAGAAAAGCUAGAAUCAGUUGUUGAGGUGGGAGGAAAACCCCAAGAGGCUGAAGAAGUUGAGGAGAAAUCUGAGAUGCUUAAGCCUAAGGAAAGCAUCGAUGAUGAUAUUGGAAAAGAUGGAGUGGCCCAGACAGAGGAGUCCUUUAAGGAAGAAGCUUCUGUAGUGGAACCUAAAACACUAGAAAAAUCUGAGUCAGUUGUUGAGAUGGGAGGAAAACCACAAGAACAGGAUGAAGGAGUUGAGAAGAAAUAUGAGAUGCUUGAUUCCAAGGAGAGCUUGGACAGUGACAUCACAAAAGAUGAUUUGAUUGAUAUAGUCGAGGAGGAUACCAAGUCAUCAGAUACAGUUGUUUCUGCUAGUCAGGGAGCAGGAUUUGGUCUGAAAGAAGAUGGAAUGAAAUCUGUUACUCCUAAUGUAGAAAAGGUCAGUGUGGAUGAUACUAAGAAAGAAUUUGGGGUUGAUGAGGAGAAGGCAGCUGUGCAAGUGGGGGAUAUCGAAACAAAGGAAGAAGGGAAAGUUGUAAACAUGGAAGAGGGAAAACACAAUGAUGUGAAAAUAGAGGAGCUGACUCAACUGGAGCAAACAGAAACCAUAGAAGAAAAGGAAGCAAAGGAUAUGAAAAUUGAUGAGAAUGAAGAAAAUAAUGUCAAGAAAGAGGAGUUGAUGCUACCUGAGCCAACAGAAACCAAGAAUGUGGUUGGCUCCUAUACAGAAACUGAAGUUACUGAAAAAUUUUCCGAGGAACAGAGUGCUUCUAAAGAUGCUGAAAUGGGCACUGAAGAGAAGAAAGAGCAUGAUGCCAAAGUUGGUACGCCAGAUUUGAAGGGUAAAGUGGAUGUGGUUGAAAUUAGCAAUGUUGUUAAUGAACCCACUGCGGAAUCAAAGGAGUCAGAGUUAGAAGGGAAGGUGGAGGAAGCUAUACAGACAUGUGUAGAUAAUCUGGAUAAAGGAGUAGUGGUUGAGGAGACUGCAAAAUCAGGUGCUCCAGAUGUGGCAUUAUCCAAAAUUGAGGAUAACUCAAAAACAGACCAGGACCCUCCUGAACGAGAAGCUCCGGCCAAGCCCUCUCAAAAACACUCUAAUAACAUUAUAUCAAAGGUGAAGCAGUCGAUUGCAAAGGUCAAGAAAGCAAUCAUUGGGAAAUCUCCAAGUUCGAAAACCCUCUCUUCUGAAGCCAAGGGUGAUAUACAAAUUAAAUGAUGGGGGCAAAGAUAGAGGGAAGUUUCUAGUUGGGUUGUCAAAGGUGUUUUGUGCUGGUUAUUGUUUUGUCAUAGAUGCUGUAAAUGUCAGGUUUCUGUGUGAUGGCAAGUGAGUGUACAUAGAAGGUAUGGGCCAUGCACGAGCUCUCUGUCUCUGACGAUUUUGAUGGUUUUCUUCUCCUAGCUUUUUCUAGUUGCAAGUGAUUGCUUGUAUUUGUUGGUGUUUUGUUUUGGUGAGUACUUAUUUAUGCCCUUUAUGAUACAUCGU